AUGUCAGAAUCAAACCUUCCAGUUUCGCUAGCAGCAAGUGGUAUUAUAUGUUUCAAAUAUGGGAAACCAGGUCAUAAAAGUAAUGCAUGUACUGAAGACAUAAAGAGGUGUUUCCGUUGUGGUAAAGUCAGACAUGAAUUAGCUGAUUGUAAGCACAAAGAGGUUAUUUGCUUCAACUGUGGUGAAGAAGGACAUAUUAGUACUCAGUACCUGAAGCCGAAUAAAGCACCGUCUGGUGGGAAGGUGUUUGCUUUAGCAGGAACUCAAAUAGCUAGCAAAGACACACUGAUCCGAGGUAUGAAAAAGUUGGGUCUUGUGUUGUGUUCUUUGAAUGGAGAGAUGGUCGUCGAUAUUCCAGCUAAAGGAUCGGUGACUACUUCUCUAGCGUGUUUUAAGUGUCCCUUGUCGAUCUUCGACAGAGACUUUGUUGUUGAUUUGGUUUGUUUUCUGCUGAGUGGAUUGGAUGUGAUCUUAGGUAUGAACCAGUUGGAAUGUAACUAUGUUCAUAUUAAUUGUUAUAGCAAAUCUAUGCGGUUUUCUACUCUUGUCGAGGAGGAGGAAAUUGAUUUAUUAUCUGCUAGACAAUUACGUGAAUUGGUUUUUCCCGAUGAGAUUCCCGAUGUACCGCCAGAAAGAGAAGUUGAAUUUGCUAUGGAUCUUGUCCCUGGUACCAGGACUGUUUCCAAGGAACCAUACAGGAUGUCAGCAUCUGAGUUGGAAGAUUUGAAGAAGCAACUAGAGGAUUUACUUAAGAAGAAGUUUGUGAGACCAAGUGUAUCGCCUUUGGGAGCUCCGGUGUUGCUAAUGAAAUAG